UCGAUCUAUUCUAGUUCUACUGCAUGCAUGCUUCCUUGGAAUACCAAAGAUACUAGCUAUUAUAUGGUAUAUUACGGUUGUUACAAAACUAUAUAAGCUAUAUAUAUAUAUAUCAAGGAAGAAAUAGGGAAGCCAUUCAUAGAUAUAUAUACAUCGAUCAUCAGUUGCAAAUUGAGCAAUGCCACCAACAACGAAGCAGUUACAGUUAGCAGCAGCGUCGCCGACGUUACCAUCACCACCCAGCUCUCCAGUCCGGCGGGCAGACGAAGAAGACGAGGCCCGACAACUGGUCAUGGGGCGUUGGCGCUCGUCCCUUGCCUCGGGCCUCCGCGCCGCCCUGGCUUGCACCAUCGUCGGCCUCUUCUCACUCUACGCCCCGCCCGCCCUCCGCCGCCACAUCACCUUCCCCGCCUUCUCCUACGUGGUCACCGUCAUCAUCGUCACCGACGCUACCCUUGGCACCGCCCUGCGUGCCGCCGUCAGCGCGCUCCAGGCCACCUUCAUGGGCGCCGUGCCCUCCGUUCUGGCGCUAUGGCUCGCGCACCGCACGGGCGCCGCGGAGUCGGUGCUGGCCACUUCAGCCGUGGUGGCGUUGACGACGUUCGCGGUGGCGCUGCCGGAGUCGGCGGGGCCGGUGGCGAAGCGGAUCGCGCUGGGGCAGAUCAUCAUAAUCUACGUGGCCAAGUUCCAGCAGGGGGUGCACCCCACCGGUGCCUUCGCGCUGCUGCACCCGGCCAACGUGGUGGCGUGCACGGCACUCGGGGUGGCGGCGGCGCUGCUGGCCGUGCUGGUGCCCUGGCCGAGGCUGGCCACCCGCGAGGCCAGGGACAAGAGCAGGGAGUACAAGGUGCUGGCGGCGGAGAGGGUGAGGGUGAUGGUCGACGCCUUCUUCUUCAUGGUCGCCAACGAGGCAUCGGCAAUAUGUAGCCGGCAGCGACGAUGGCGCAUGGCGGCGUGCAUGUCGGAGGCGAAGCGGCUGGCCUCGGCGAGCACCGCCCUCCUCCACCGCAUAAACGCCAUCAAAGAGGAUUUGCAGUGGGAGCGAGCAGCAGAAGUCAGCAUCAAUAUGGAGAUGGAGAUGCCCCUCACGGGAAUGCAGAUCGCACUGGCGAUGCAAACCGCCGGCGCCGGGAGCAGCAGCGGAGGCGGCGGCAACAUCGAUAUCGGCCCUGUCAUGACGAUGAGGGACCAAAUACGCCUCGCUCUCCUAGAGCCAAACAAGAGCAGCAGCAAGCCCAAGUCACUCUACUUCUACUUGCCAAUGAUGAGCAGCAGCAAGAGAUCCGAGGAGCUGGCCCCCUUCUUGUUCCUCUUCUCCCUCUAUGAGCUCCAUCGUGCCACCUCCUCUCCAAUAAUCAAAGCAGCAGCAGCAGCAGCCAAGCAGCUGGUGAGUUUAGAUGAACAACUAACCGACUUGUCGGACGAACAAGAAGAAGUGAAUUUAGAAGAUGAUCCCAGACUUGUCGGAAGAGGAGAAGACAAGGCUCACAAUUGUUCAGAGACCACCAAGCACCACCAAAACGUCUUGUUGCAGAGCCUGCUAGGACCUAAAGGUAUAGGGAGAAGCCGGCUCAUGGCGGCGGCCAAGUGCGGCUUCUCGCUCGGCCUCGGUGUCCUGCUGGGCCUGCUCUUCAGCAACGACCACGGCUUCUGGUCGGGUCUCAUCGUCGCCACCACCAUGAGCACGGGGCGUGACUCCACAUGGGCCGUGGCCAUCGCGCGCGCCCACGGCACCGCCCUGGGUUCUGUCUACGCCGUGCUGGGUUGCCUCCUCCUCUCGCAGCAGCAGCUCCUGACCAUGGACCUGCGCUUCCUAGCCAUCCUCCCCUGGAUGCUCCUCGCCACCUUCCUCAAACGCAGCCGCGCCUACGGCCCUGCCGGCGGCGUGGCGGCAGCGCUGUCGGUCGUCAUCAUCAUGGGGCGGCGGUACGACGAGCCCCCCAUGGCGUUCACCAUCGCCCGGCUGGUGGAGACCUUCCUAGGCAUCUCAUGUGCCGUCUUGGCGGACCUUGUCUUCCAGCCCGGGGCGAGGCCGUCGGUGCAGGCCAGGGAGCAGCUCACCGGCUGCAUCGCCAGCCUCGCAGGCUGCUUUGCUCCUAAUCUUUCUCAAUCUCAACUGAGGGUGAAGGUGGUGCAGCAGCAGCUUGCUCUGCUCAGGAAGCACGCGGCGCAGGCCGGCAGCGAGCCCACCUACCUGUGGCUGCCGCCGUUCCCUACGGCCUGCUACGACAAGAUCGAGGGCAGCAUGAGCAGGAUGGCGCAGCUUCUCCAUGUCUACCUGCAGGCACGGGCAGCCCUCAUGGACAUGGACGUCGACGCCGGUGGGGAUGACGACUUCAACAGGGUCGUCUCCACCUCCCUCAACUACUGCACAAUGCUGGCAGCCAACUCGUCAUCACUUGUUCAAGAAGAGGAGGAUCAUGCCAAGGCCCAUGACGACCCUGAAGCCGGACAUGGAACCAUACGCUGCUGCAGGGAGGAAGAGGCCAUGGCGCCGGAGGAGGUAGUGGGCUCCUUCCUUGUCCACGCAAGAGAGGUGUUGCUGGACGAGGAGGAAGAAGAAGCGGAGGGGGAGGAGGAGAGGGGGCUGCUGGCGUGCUGCGUGGCUUCCAUCGGAUUGUGCAUGGGAGAGAUCACCAAGGAGGCUCUGCGGCUGGAGGCGCACAUCCUUGACUUGAAGCUGCUGCAACCUCAGUAG